CCACCAUACCUUUAUAAAGACACAGGUUCGACACAGAGAUUCACAUCACUUCAAGAUCUCAUUUUGCACUCUUGACAAGCCUCUUGGUUCAGACUCUCAAUCAGAAUGAAGUGUGCUAUGAUGUUCCUGGUGUUGACGCUGGUGGUCCUCAUGGCUGAACCUGGGGAGGGUUUUUUUUGGCAUCAUAUCGGUCAUGCAUUGGAUGCUGCCAAAAGAGUCCAUGGAAUGUUGAGCGGGGAAGAACUUGAAGCGAUGAAAGCGCAGGAAGCGCAGGAAGCGAUGAAAGUGCAGGAAGCGAUGGAACAACGUGUGUUCCAACAAGAGAACGACUUUGCCUGAGUCCAUGAUGGUCCAUCUGAUAAACAAAUGCUUUCUUCUGCUUUUAUUCAACAUAAAAUGUAAUCAACCUAUCUGUUUUAAAUUGAUCUACUUGUCAUUUGGAAUAAAUCUGCAUUGCAUUACAAAAGUC